CACAUACUUCUCACAACCUCUUUCCCAGUCGGAAUACAACCGCACGUUUUCUGCCGGUGUUUGAAUUCUAUUUGGAAUAAGUCCGAACAACAAACAUGGAAUUACUAAAAUGUUGUGCACUAUGUGUAAUUAUGGCAUUACCCCAAUUAGAGUGCUCAGAAGAUUUUAGGAAAUUAGUGGUAGGCGACUUCGAAUUGAUAACAUGUAAACCUAACAUGACGGUGGCUGGACUUUUAAGUGACAAUGCACAUCUUUUCGUAAGGCAACCAAAUGAUGUGGUUUUGUUUAGAAAUAUCAACCCUAUGGCAGGAAAUGCAUACCCAGACCCCCCUUAUUCAAUGAAAUUGGAAACCAUUGAUUCUCAGGCGAUAUUCCACUUCAAUUUCACAAAUCUAAAAGAAUCGGAUUCCGGUUUGUGGCAAUGUGUCAACGAGACCAAAGGCCAAAAAAAGUACUACAGGAAUAUAACAUUCAGUGUCAAACCCGCAGAAGAUGUUGGCCGUGUGGAAUUGACAUUGACCAAGGUUGGUAGUGGCAAAGAAGUGAAACUGAUCCACGAUGACGGAAGUGAAGAGGCAACACAAAGCUCCGUCACAUUGCUGAGUGGAAAGUACACAAUGACCUGUGUGGCUGAGAAGGGCUAUCCAGAACCUGAGUAUACAUUAUUUAGGGAUGGAAACCGAAUAAGCACCGAAACCAGUGCCACAGUAAACCUGACAACUGCGGAUACCAACCUGGGCUGCAACGUUUUGGUCAACCGCAAAGAAUUUAAGGAACACUCUUUGUACUUCAACCUCAAAAUUGAAGAUGUUGAGCCAGAAAUCAGGUGCAGGACCACAAGUGCUCGCAUUAAUGACGGAAGGGCAGUUAUGAACUGCACAGUUGUCGCAGCAGAUGUCACUUGCAAGAAGGUCGAGUGGAAGUCUGGAACUACCAAUAACUCCUUCCAGCAUGGAGGACCCAAGGUCAUAGGUUAUGACCUCAGAUGCAAGAGCAACGGAAAGAACAGUGUCUGGAGUUCACUAGAAGUGAGGAACCUGAAACAGCAACAUUUUGAUGAAACAUACUUCAUCAAGAUCAAGGACUCUGUAACCGGUGACUUCCAGAAGGAACACCCACUCCAAAUCCAACGAAAGCCUGGUGCUUUGAACGGAUCAGUGCAGAUGGCCCCGUUAGGAUCCUUGACACUAGUUGCAGUUGUGACAAUGCUGAAAAUGUUUCUGUAAAGAGAGGAAAAUGUAUGCUAGAUGAAAGACCCAGAUAUUGAUCGCAAUCACAGUGAAUUGGUUGUCACAUGAAGACUGAACUAUUGAAUCAGUUUAAUCCAAGUGAAUGGAAAGAAAACAGCAAUCAAUGGCCACUGAGAUUCAAGUCUGAAAUUAAGAAACAAGAGAUCGGUGACAAAAAGACUUGUGAUAGACGUUGUAAAAUAGCUGUGGAAACGUCAAGAUGAAUUGUUUGAGCAUCUUUUACAAGUUUAUGGGGGUCACACUGGACAUUGUGCCAUCUUGAAUAUCUGUGUCUGGAAACUCUCAUCAAAAAAGAUAAAUCUGGUACGCAUCCAUGGGAAAAAAAAUAAUACCAAAACUUGUUUUUUAAAGUGAUACAAAGAGGGAAAUUUAAGAUGUGAUGAACGCGUGUGUAAAGGGAAGUAACACAUACUACGACUGGUUAUGCGGAACAAAAAUGUAAUAGGUAGCUGUUUCCUGUCUGAUCUCUGUGAUUCAGGCCCCAGGAAAAUUUAGUCCCUGAAAUUUUUCUGAUUAAUUUUCAUUGGAUUAUUUGACUUUUUACAAUUAGUUAGUCUAAGUAAGUAGAAUUAAUAGAUUAAAUAUUUUUCCUGUUAGAAAGUUACAUCUUGGGAUCCAGACAAAAUCAGAAAUCCAAUUUUCUUUAUAAAACGUCCUGAUUGAAACAUUCUUUUUAAGUAGAGUAGAAAAAGAUCAAUGUCAUUGUCAUUCCUAUGCAUAUAUAUCUUCACGCUGAGUGAACAGUAUAAUACUGUGACCAGUUUUAUAUAAAAUUGUCCAAAUUAUUUUUAUCAUGUAUUGAAAAUGGCCAUGGACACUUAAUCAAAAAACUUCAGCAGAGAAUAUUUCAAAUACUAUUUUUAAAAUUGUGAAAAAAUAUGAAUAAUUAAUAAUUUUAUCACUAUAAUAAAAAUCUUUUGGUUAAUAUCAACACUUGACUGUUCAUUUCACCACCUGAUAGCUAAACUCAUAUAAAGAGAGAAUGGUAUUUGCAAUAUCAUCACAGCUUGCAUAUAUAUUUUAAUGUAAGCAAUUGGAAGACCUGAAGAGUCUUUUCUGCUCAAGUAUGUUGUCAGUUACUUUGACACGUUUUUUUCUUUAGCUGUAUGACUGUGUAUGUUUAUGUUGAAUAUUUUAUGAUCACAAGUAAUGUUCCAAGUCCCAUAUCUUAAGUUUUAAACCGGCUCUGUCAGGUAUGUUUGUAUUGUGUGGGAAUCCGCCAGUAUUAUCCCACAGAUUGUAGAGUUGUAAUGUUUAACUUAACGAAUGAUGUGUUGUGUAAGUGUGUAUGAGUAGAUGUAAUUACAUAUUCUACAAAAAAAAUGCUCUUCAGUUAGGAUUUACCUCCCAAACAAAUCAGAGUGUCGAUUAAAUUCUGCUGAACCCCUAUUUUGUCCCACACACACAACUGUCCUUUUUCUAAAUAAUAAUUCAGGGAGGGUCAAGUUUGUCGUGGACAUACACCAAGUACUUAAUGUAGUGUUAUAAUACUGCGAUCUCUUCAGAAACGUAGAAGGGUACACAACCAUCCCAAUAGUGGUCCUACCGUUCACAUCUGUAAGGCUUUGUCUAACAGGGUCACAGAGCUAGGAACCAAUACUUGCCAGCCCUACGUACCUAUUCCAGGCUGGUGGGGGAGGGAGGAGGGGUCUCUCUGUCCAUAUUGUUGCAUUUAAAUUUGAAUUCCUCUUUUUUAAACGUUUUGUAUUAAAUGUAAUUUGUUAAUUGGCUAGAACAGCUUUGAUAAGAAAUAGGCAUCUCUUUAAUUUGUGCCAUAAAUGCUGGAGUUGAUGUGAAUAUGAAAAUUUGUGGUGAAAAUAAAACAUGUUAAGAUCAAAAUUUGUCAGCUUGUGCUGGGAUAGUAAUAUAGAUGUAAUUGUUUCAUAGAUUAGAUGGUGAUACAUUAGAGGGUUUAGAUUGACAAGUUGUAAGGUAAGCUUGAAAUAGUGAUAUGUAUGCGGAUGUUUGCUGUGCCUUAUAAGGGAGAUAACUUUACGUAACGUAGAAAAAAAUGCCUUCUGUUUUGUUUCAAAAUUGAUUGGUUGAAAAUAGUUUUUUUUGUCGUCUGAAGAUUUGAUUAUAAAAGAAUAAAAGCGUAUAGUUUCUGGCAACUCUCAGAAUAUUUAUGUAAUAAAGGCUUGAAAAAUAAAGGGACAUAUAUACUUAGUAUAAUAUUAUUUGUAAUUCAUUAAACAAAGAAAUUGUUUAAAUCAUUUUGCCAAGUGCUUCUGAAGAUUCAUUCCAUAAAUAUAAGAUUUAACACAAUAUUCAUAUAUUCCUAAACUUUUGUUUAUAAAAAGUAACUACACUUUUGUUUAUAAUUAGGCCCCCACUAUUUUAAGGCUUAUAAAUGUAGCACACUUAGUGAAUUUGUACAUAAAAGAUGUGUGGAUGUGUACUACAGUACAAUCUCCAUGGAAGGUGGUAAAUGUGUCUAUUUUACUUUGUCAUGUCAACAUUCUGAAAGAACAAUUGUACAUGUGCAAACUUCUGUGAAAUAUAUAUUAUACGUGAUUAAAAGGAAGUCCCAAUCAAAGAGAUGCUUCCACUGGAACAGGACAUUGGGGACUGUAAUGUUGUAUGUAAAUUUGUUUUUUGUUUAUAUUUAGUAAUUGUGUUUGAAUUAGCAGCUUUUCCCAAUGUAAAUAACACUCAUGUGGUUUUAAAUACAUGUAUACUGUACAUUUAAUAUUCAUCAUUCAGACUCUCAACAGGCAUUUCUAAUCGUCAUGAUGUUAGUGUAACAGAAAUCUAACCAUUGUCAUCUUAUCAUACUCAUCGUCAUCGUCCCUAUAGAUGUUUCUCGUUACAUAUUAGUGUUGUCGGCAAGUGUGUAGUAUGUAACCAUGGUAACUAUAUAUCUCAGAUGUGUACCUGCAGUUACUUUGGUGGUAUUUUGGUGGUAUCCGCGGAAAUUGAUAUUAUUUUAAAGACAUCUUUAAAACAUUUCCUAACAAAAUAAAUGAAUGACAAUUAAUGAUAUAUUUUGACUUCAGAAAACACAUCAUGAAACAUCAUGAAAAAAAAAUCAAGCGCAUUGUACUAUUGACUUUUGAUAAAAUUAACCAGAAUUGAAAAAAGAAAAGAAAUUAAUUCAAAUUUUAACUUUUUCUUGAAACAGCUUUAAUAACACACUGAUAUUAUUAUAAGAGUUUGUGAAUAUGAGUUUUUUAAUUAUGCAAGAUUGCAUUUUUUAUUUAGAUUUUAAAUGUAAAGGCAAUAUGUUUAUGGAGGCAUUAAAGACGACCAUGUUUAUGUGUAGACCAUGUAAGCUGAUCAUACAUAAGGAGUUAGAAUCGCCCAAUAAUAUGUAUAUAUAGUGUGACCUUGUAGUAUACAGGUAUAGGUGUCGAGUACAUCUCUAGUGGAUUAAGUUUCGUCCCUCUAGUCAUCAACAUAACCCAGAAAACCUUAGCAACCAGACAUAUUCAGAAUAUACCCCGAUUAUAAUGUAAAUAUGUUCUAAUGUGGAAAGUAUCUAUAUUACCAAUAUAUUCAGUUUAAUUGAACCAAUAUAUAUAUCAGCCAUUUCAACAGAUAUUUUGGGCGAUUCUCUCUUUUAUGGCAAGUCCUAAUGAGUUUUAAUUUCCAUGUAAAAACUCUCAUACAAGGGGCUGUAUCUGGCUGCAAUAGUCUAGGGUAUAUAUGAUAAUUAACCCGUUCUGUUGUGCAAUAUCCAACAACUGCCAAUGGAAUUACGAAAGUGAUCAAAACCAAUUCCAAUGCAGCAUCUGCAUCUUUUAAACUGCAACUGACCUUAUACCAAGUAUUAUUUUACUGUUUUAAUGUUGUCCUAAUUGGUCCACAAAUGAAAACUUAAUGAAUCUCACUAUGAAAGUGAAGACAAAAUUUUAAUGAAAAAUUAUCUUAUUUUUUAUCGACAACAUCCGGUAUUGAGAUGUCCGGUACAGUCAGGUAUGGACUUGGUGUAAGGUGGUUUCCUGUUGUUUUAACCUGAGAUUGUUUUAGUGGAGUUUGAUCUGUUACUCGAUUCAGGAAGAUUCAUAUUUAGCUAACGACUGUCUUUGUUUAGUUCUGAAUGUUGAAUUUUAUUGUUGAUUCCAUGCUUCUUUGAUUUGUAAGAAAAUCAGAUUAAUUAAACAAAUCACAAACUCA